UCCGCCCCCCUCCCCCCUCCUCCUCGGCCGCGCGCCCCGCACCCUCCGCAUGACCCAGACUCGCGGUGUCCCCUCGCCUCCUCCUUCCAGCAGCCACCCCUGGAGGCAACUGGGAGAACCCCCCCCAAAUCGGAUCACCACUCCCAUUAAAAAACCCGACUCCUGACCUCUCCCUGCCCCUUGGGUCGGCCGCGGAACCGGUAGGCUCAGGCCUGGGGCCCACCGUCCUAGACUGCGGGGCGUCCCGGCUCCCGGCCAAAGGCGGGGCGGGGGCGGAGGCGGGGGCCUUUAAGAGGCGCGGCCGGCCAGGACCCGACCUAGACGCGGGCAGCGCCUGGACUCGCCGCCGCCGCGGGACUCGGGCAGCCCCGCAGCGCUCCGGCUCCUCCUCCUCUCACGACCGCCCUCCGCAGCGAUGGACGGAGACGGUGAACCAGAGAGUGUGGGCCAGCCGGAGGAGGUGAGCCCGGAGGGGCAGCAGGAGGAAGCGGGCGCGGAGGAGGCGAGCGCCGGGGAGGAGCGGCCCGAGGAGGAGGAGGAGGAAGAGGAGGCGGCGUACCUGGACGGGCUGCCCGAGCCGCUGCUGCUGCGCGUGCUGGCCGAGCUACCGGCCGCCGAGCUGGUGCAGGCCUGCCGCCUGGUGUGCCUGCGCUGGAAGGAGCUGGUGGACGGCGCCCCCCUCUGGCUGCUCAAGUGCCAGCAGGAGGGGCUGGUGCCCGAGGGCGGCGCGGAGGACGAGCGCGACCACUGGCAGCAGUUCUACUUCCUGAGCAAGCGGCGGCGCAACCUUCUGCGCAACCCGUGCGGGGAAGAGGACCUGGAGGGCUGGUGCGACGUGGAGCACGGCGGGGACGGCUGGAGGGUGGAGGACCUGCCCGGAGACUGUGGGGCGGAAUUCAUCCACGACGAGAGCGUCAAGAAGUACUUCGCCUCCUCCUUUGAGUGGUGUCGCAAAGCGCAGGUCAUCGACCUGCAGGCUGAGGGCUACUGGGAGGAGCUGCUGGACACCACUCAGCCGGCCAUCGCGGUGAAGGACUGGUACUCAGGCCGCAGGGACGCCGGCUGCCUGUACGAGCUCACGGUGAAGCUGCUGUCAGAGCACGAGGACGUGCUGGCCGAGUUCAGCAGCGGGCAGGUGGCGGUGCCCCCGGACAGCGACGACGCGGGCUGGAUCCAGAUCUCCCACACCUUCACCGACUAUGGGCCCGGUGUCCGCUUUGUCCGCUUCGAGCAUGGGGGUCAGGACUCCGUCUACUGGAAGGGCUGGUUCGGGGCCCGAGUGACCAACAGCAGCGUGUGGGUGGAGCCCUGAGUGACCCCUUCUCCACCCUCAGCCGCCUUGGAGGGGCAGAGGCCUGGAGUAGAUAAACCUUAGUCCGUAGCAUCCUCACUUCCCAUCCCCCACCUCCACCCGCACCCCCACACACUCCUCUCCUGCCCCGUACUCCAAGCUCAGCCCCCACACUGGGAAGGAGGCGUUUUGUUGGCGUAUUUUUGCAUCUGGAAAUAAGAUGGGUGAGGGUAUGGGCCUGGGUUGGGCCCACCGCUGAAUCCCCUGCACCUAGUACAGUGCCUGCCACAAAGCAGGCACCUAAUAAAUAUUAUUUGUCCGAGGAAGGAAUGAAUGAACAAACGGAUGAAUGAACACCGCUCCCUUUGCAUCCUUCUCCAUCUCUUGAGGGCCCCUGGCCCAGCCUGGAAAAAUACUUGGUGACUCUCCAGCUGCUCCGGUUUCCAAAGGCCCUUGGGCCGGUGCAGAGCCAGCCAGGCCCCGGGCUGGCUGGACAAAGGCUGGGAUUGUGAGGCCAAGGAGUGGGGAGCUGGGCCUGGCGCCUGACUGACACCCAAGCUGCCCAGAGGCCAGAAUAGGGUGUUGUGUGUGUGGGUUGCCCUCCAGGCCUCUCCUGAUCCCCCUCCUGUUCCUUUCUGAGGGCAGGAUGGUGGGUGGCAGCAGCAUCUCACUUAGGAUGCGAAUUCUCCUGGGCCCAAGGGGUGGAUGGGGUUGGGCAGAUGGGGGUGGUGGCAGCCAGGGGAGUGGCUUGAUGUCCCUCCCUGGCCUGCUGAUGGAUUGAACAGGAGCAUCUUGUUUCUCGUCAUUUCCUUCCUUCCUUCCUUCCUUCCUUCCUU